AUGCUUGCCCUGACGCAAAGUGUACAGGCGAUCGUACGGGACUACAACCAGUUUAAAACAUGGUAUCCGCGGUUCGGCUUCAUCUUCGACAGCAUUCUGCAUCAAAACUGUACGCGGGAAUACGAUAUCUAUCUCUACGGAACCGAGAGCAAUGUCAGCACUCCGUGGGACGCGGGAGGAGGAGAGUACUCAAGAUACACGCUGCCUGUCAUCCAGUGCCUCAUAGAGAAUUCCUCUGAGUUCACCAAAGCCAGCCUGUCCGUCUCACAGCUCGUCCUCGGCCUUGCACCCACCCUUCUCACCCUGGCCGGAGCCAGCUCGCUCGAGAUGUCGCUUCUCGCUGUCAUUGGCAAGCGACCGCUACUCACCACCAUCUUGGCCAUCGGGUCGCCCGCUAUCCACAUGAGCCGAGCCUUCGACGCAUACGAACCCAGCGAGGUCCUAGCGGCAGAGCGGGCCAGCCGGUACCGCCAGAACUGGGACACGUCCGCGUCCCGCCUGCGCCGCUACGGCGGCCGGUCAGUAGUGGCCUUUCAGUACGUCCUCGCCGCCGCGGCGGCAGCAAACGUCUCCAUCGUCAACUGGGAACUCGGCACCCAGGCAAUAAACAUGCUCACGCCCAGCUUUAUCUACUACCCGCUGGUGUGGACCUUUAUUGGACUUGCUGUGCAUCUUGUUGGCGCUGGAAUUCUCCAUAUCCGGGCCAGACGUCUGCCAGCCUCGGAAUGGAGCCUCCGGCACCAUAGCAUCAAACGCUAUUUCGCCCUCGAGUUCACCCUUUUGGGGAAGCAGGAAAACGGUGGGCCUGUCUGUAUUCAGUGGGCUGAUGAGUCGGUUCUUUUUCUGGCAGCUUCUUGGUUUCACUCGCUGCUCUGCCUUGUCCACCUUGUCUUUGGCACCAUCGUCUUCUCGGGAGUCAUGUUUAUUGCACCCGAGGAUGCAUUUUUUAUUCUUGUUCGCUACGCUGCCUCUUGCUUAAUCUGUAGGGUUAUCCUAGUCUUCGAAGUAGCCGGGCUGCGGGAAGCUUACAAUCGCCCCAACACAUGUUAA